AUGAGAGUUCUAUGGGAGGAAUUGAAUUCGCACCGUCCCAUACCUCACUGUACUUGUGUGCAUCCAUGCCGUUGCGAUGCUAUGUGCAUGGCACGCGCCUAUCGUGAAGAAGAUCAAAUCAUUCAAUUCUUAACUGGCCUGAAUGAUCACUUCUCUGUUGUGAAGACUCAAGUCUUGUUGAUGGAUCCUUUGCCUACUAUUAACAAAGUGUAUUCUCUAGUAGUGCAAGAAGAAAGUAAUCAUGCUAUGAUUGAUCCUAUUGUUCCUAAUUCUGAUGAUAGCAAUGUCCUUGUGAAUGCCUCUGAUGCACGAAAGCCAUUCAAUCGUGGUAAAUCACUUAUGAACUCUGGAAAAGGUAAAGGUGAUACAAGGCAUUGCACUUUCUGUGACAAGAAUGGCCACACAGUUGAUUGGUGCUAUAAGAAACAUGGCAAUCCUAAUAUUCGAUCCAAUACUGGUGUGAAUUUGGUUAAUUCUGAUAAUGUGGAUUCUACUACUGCUAAUGGUAACUCUGAUUUGGUAGCUUCAAGUUCUGAUGCUAAUAUUUCUCAAGAGAAGUAUGAUCAACUUGUGAACUUGCUCCAACAAGCUAAUUUGAUUGCCUCAGCUUCUCCCACUGUUGGCCCUAGCUCAAACCACAUUCACACCACCUCUGUCCCUGCAACAGGUAUAACCUCCUCUCUUGACUUUGUAUAAUCCAUUCACAGUAUUGUUUCUUGUUCGGUUCAAUCUAAUGCCAAUUUUUGGCUCAUAGAUUCUGGUGCCAAUGAUCACAUAUGUUCUUCCCUAGAUUGGUUUAGUUCCUUGUACAAAAUUAAACCUAUACGUGUUAAUUUGCCUAAUGGUAACUCUGUCAUUGUUAAGCAUGCUGGUAAUGUGCAUUUCACACCUCAUUUAUAUCUCACAAAUGUGCUCUAUUCUUCAAAAUUUAGACUUAAUCUAAUUUCUGUUUCUAAGCUGUGUACUAAUAUUGCUUGUUCUGUUCAAUUUUCUUCUCAAAAAUGUGUCAUGCAGGACUUGAAGUCCAACAAGAUGAUUGGUUUGAGUGAUCAAGCAGAUGGUCUUUUUUGUUUGAUGAUUGAUGGAGCUUAUCCAUCUAUGCCAUCUUUAGUUUCCUUUCCUGCAAAUAAAU